AUACCGACUGGACCCUAUAUAUAAUACGUUCCUUUUAAACGACAACGUAGAGCCGUCAGGACCUCGAGAGCGCAGCGAAGAUGACUCCAUGCGUUCUAAAUGAGACGAGUCUCUGGUGGUUUAACAGAACUCAACGCAUUGUAGCAGCUCCUGAUAAAUAUGUUACAAUUGCAAAGAACGCUCAGUUUUUCCUGUUGAAUUUGUUGCAUGUAGCUUUAGAGCAUGGCUUGAUAUUAGUAGACACAAAAUAUGAGUUUGGAAAGGACUCUGAUGGUUCAAUUCUGUUGAUUGAUGAGGUGCAUACACCUGACUCAAGCAGAUAUUGGAUUGCCGCCCAUUCUCAUGAAGAACGCUUUCAGAAUGGUCUUGAACCUCAAAAUGUUGAUAAGGAGCUUUUGCGGUUAUGGUUCAAGGAUCAUUGUGAUCCAUACAAAGAUGAGGUCCUUCCUGAUGCACCUGAAGAACUUGUUUGUGAGCUAGCAUGGAGGAACCAAUAGUUUAUCGGAUAUCCAAAAGUGUUGAACUAGCAUUAUCAUCCUUGAAGUGAUCUAGCCUUUGAAGCUCCAAAUGCUUCUCGGAUUGAGGUUACAGCAGGAAUUCGAGAUAUUUUUCUUUUCUUUUUCUUUUUUCUACCCUAUUUAAGGCAUUCGGUCUCUGGCAUGCUAAUUUCCAGAUGCCAUAGGUUUACGAUUGAGGUGUGCAUAAUAUGCCAAAUUAUUCUGGGUUUAACACGCUCGUGUAACUAAUAAUGGGCUGUCUAUUGUGUCCUUCUCCUCUCAGUGUAUUUUCAUUAAAAAUAGUAAUGGACAAUGCUAUUGAAUAAAUGAAUUUAUUCAUU